GUACUUGGCUGGCGAAGGAAGGGCAAUAUUGAGAAACAGGUAAAUAACGGAUGGGAGGAUCUGUCUGGGUCUUGGCAUGAACAACACUCACCACUGCUGCAGCUGCAGCUGCAGCAACGCCGGCCGGGACAUUGAUGGGAAUCACUCCCUCGGUGCAUGCACACGAGUCGUAGGCGGCUACCGUCUUGAGUGGUACCAUGGCACGAUCGUUGAAGCUUGGCAUGUUGGUCAGCGCGGACCCAAAUCUAGAACUGGCACGAUCGGGCGAGCUCGAGGGAGUCGGAAUUGUGGAAGCUGGUGAGUGAGUAAGUGAGGGUGUGAAUGAGUUCGUGCUUGUAGGAGUAGAAGCCCAGUAGACCGGAGCUGAAUGUCCAAGAAAUCCACAGUGGAACAUCGCAAUCAUCCAGCGCGUGAACCAAGCCUCGUUCGCAUGCAGUUGACAUGUACACAGACAUACACACAGACCCAGCGGCAGGUCUCUAUGUCUUUCUUUUCUAUGCUCGAGACACCGCUACAGUUUAGGAGAGAGACGAAUGCCGACGGGGCCCUCGGUACAAUAAUCAUGCAAGCUGGGUCAGGCACUGAUGAAGCUAGCUUUCUUGCUUGCUGCCCUUGCCUUUGCUGAUUACGAAGAGAAUUCUGCCUCUGCUGUACCUUGAAAUCAGAUGGAAGGAAAAAUCUGUUAGAACACCACCCAUGGCAGCCUCUAAAGGCGGACUAGGUGGAGGAGGAGCAGGAGGAGGUAAGGCAGCUAGUAAACCGACUGUCCACAUCUGGGUUGUCAUCGCGUGUCUAGGACUCCUUGCGUGGUUUCUGCUCGCACUCGGCUUCUUCGCCGAUGUCGUCAGACGAAGUCCAUAUUCAUCCGCAAUCACUCAACACCUGCAAACGAAAACGUGGAGACGAGCAAACCCAGCAGAGAUUGACUGCGGAGUUGUGGGAGUCGAAGGCAAAUUCAUACCGAAGGAUCAGCAGUAUCAUCCGCUGACGGAGAAGGGGAAUCGUGUGGGAAAGAGCUGCAGAAGCAGAUACGAACAGCACUGCCUGUGGAAAUCCUCAAACUUCAGACCGACGGCGGAGUUUCUGGGCGUGCUCAGAUCGUACGAGGAGCACCACAGCAGGUGCGUCGAGGGCCACGAUCUGCAGACGGCGCUGGACCAAGGGUCCGCGCCCAAAGACUGCCAGUACCUCAUCUGGAACGAUCUGGACGGCAAAGGCAACCAGCUCGUCUCGUUGGUCUCGGCAUUCGUCUACGCACUGCUUACCCGGCGAGUCCUUCUCAUUACCCGCGAGGCGCAGCUCCAGCACCUGCUGUGCGAGCCCUUCCCAUCUUCCUCGUGGGUUGUCCCAGAGGAGGUACCCCACGUUCGGCACCGAGCCAAGGAGGCCCGGCACGGCACGUUCUACGCCCGAGCGCUGAACGAAACAGCUCAGGGGAGGCCCGUUACGGCUCCGAAGCAUCUGGUUUGCUUCCUGUCGAACCUGCAGAAGCCGGACGACCUGCGGUUCUUCUGCCCCGGCGAGCAGAAGCUGUUGGAGAAGGUGCCAUGGCUGUUCUUCUGGAGCAACCAGUACAGCGUGCCGGGGCUCUACUUCGUGCCCGGGUUCCGAGCCAAGCUCAACGCCUGGUUCCCGGACCGGGCGGUUUUCCUCCACGCGGGUCGCUAUCUGCUGAGCCCCCGCGACGAGAUAUGGCUCCGCGUCAUGCGCAUCUACACCGCCCACAUGGCUCCCGCGGAUCGCCGAGUGGGCAUCCAGAUCCGCGCCUGGAGCAACGAGUACAAGCCUAUCAUCACGCGCCACAUCCUCAGCUGCGCUUGGUUUUCCGGCCUGCUGCCCAACGUCAGCUCGGCCCGCGGCGCCAACUCGACGAGCUCUUCACUAGAGGAUGAUGACAUGGCUACCCCUGUCGAGGAUGACGUUGCAAACCGAGAUGCUGAAGACUUCUCGGCUGCCCGGGCCGGAGAGCGAGUUUCUGUGGUGCUGACGUCUCUUCGGCGAGAGUAUGCCGAAGGAGUGGCGGAGGCUUUUGCCGAAGGGCGAACGGAGGCUCGGCAGACGGUCACCGUCCUGAGCCCGAGCGCCGAAGGAGAGCAGCGCACGGGUCGGAUGUCGCACGAGCGCAAGGCCAUCGCCGACAUGUGGCUUCUGAGUUUUGCCGACGAUCUAAUCAGCACGCCCCGAUCCACAUUCGGGUACGUAGCGCAUGGGCUCGCCGGGAUCAGACCCAUCGUGUUCAAUCGAUACGGACUCGACCCCGACACUGUGCCGGAUCCACCUUGUCUUCGAACAAAUGUUCCGGGUCCGUGUUUCAUCGACCACCCUCACCAGAUGUCCUGCCCGCUGGACGGGCCGGCCUUUGACAUCGGCGACUCUGCCACUGCUCUUCCGGAAGUUCGGCAUUGCUUGCUCCAGUGGGGUGUCGGCGUCUUCGAGGGCGUGGACUAGUUCUGGAAUGCCAGUUCUACCAGCACUCCCACUCCAACAGCAUCACGAAUUUGAAUUGCAGCUAGCUGAUCAUGCUUAUAAGUUGUGCAACCACGUCCAUUAUCAAAGAAUGUAAAAUGUAGUAUCGAAGAGCCGAUAUUUUGCCAGUGAGGAAAAGGGAAUGGAAGCUGUAGUGUGUAUGAAUCUGCUCGCAAGUGCUAUUAAGGAGUGCGCCAACAAGAAUGAGAAAGCAGUUGGAACAAUGAAGCAAUGUAGGCUUCGUUCUCUUGUAGAGAAAGAUCAUCGACAUCUUUUGUGUCGCAGGAAGUGAUAUUGCUGGGCAAAAGGAAUGAUAUUUAGAGCCCGUCUGAAAUCCAACGGGACGAUGGAACUUUCAAAUACGAAGCAUAAAUAAGGGCAUAUGCCCCACACAACUCCUGAUGUGAAACAAAGGCUCUCCAGGCUAAUGGUGGGUAAGGUGAUUGACAUUCUUCUGCAAGAGAAUAUCUGAUACAGUGGCUGAAGUCAUUCUUUGUAGAGCUUCAAGAAGACCACGAACAGUCUUCUAGUAUCACGGCGAAAUGGGGAAAACAGACGUAAAGUAUAAUGUUGCGUGUUUAUAACUCCUGUGAGCAAAAUCUAUCCUUUUCCUUAUCAUGACAAUCCGUGCAACUUGAAUCCAGCCCUAGAAUCCAAAGAAUAAUUUGCAUUAUAAUUGCAGGAUCCGGAGAACAUAACUAGAGAUUUUGAUGAUAAAACUGCACUUCUGCGAGCGGGCUUCAAAGUUGUCUGAGCACCGUCUGUUGCAGACGUGCGAAUUUAUUGACACUAUGUUAUUAGCAAAGUUGCAAGCACCAUCUGUAAC